GCGACAGGGACAUGGACAAAAGCAGUCACGCUCCGCCUCUGGACAUUGAGAUCCACCACCUUGGCGGAAGGGUACAUGCAGUCCCUCGCGACAGACCUGCGGAGAAAUCUGCGUGGAGGUGAAUCGCCACAGCGGCAGCCAGUCAAGUGUGCUGCCAUCCGGCCCAGCCUGGCCGUCGUAUGGUUGCCAUGGAUAUGCCGUGCCUCCGUUGGGUCCUAAGCCUGAGAUGUCCGUGCUGCCCUUGGUAGAAUACGAACGGAAGUAAGGCGUGCAUGAGUAUUAGCUGCUCCUGGAAUUUCUUGGAUAUAAAGUCCACUUGAUCCUGCUCGGUGGAUGUUGAGUUCUUCCUCGGCUCCCCAGGCUUCCAGUUCUCCUGAGCUCCUUUCUGCCCUUCUUGAGGCUUGACACUCGUUUAUUUCUUUUUACGUCUAUCCUGUCAUUCGCUCUGCAAUUGGCCAAUCUGCUGUCAGAGAUGGGUUCGAUACUUCGUCUUGCUCUACUGAGCAUUGGGACGGUUCAGGUUCUCGGCUACGAGGAAAGAAACAUUCAGCCCAAGAACAUCAAGCACAGACAGUAUCAGUAUAUCACGACCGUCACAGAGACAGUGGUGGUCAAAGAACCUCCCACCACGGUGAGCGUCUAUGUCGACGUCCCUUGCGGUCCAUCGUCGUCCUCGCAUCUUCCCGGCACCGGCACCGGCACUGGUGGCCUACCCCCAUACUCUUCGAGCUCCGCACCAUACGGCAACGGCACGUCUGCCACGUCUGCCCCAGGCACAGGAACCGGCUCGGUCUCACUGCCUACUGGUGUCUCGUCAUCGGAUCCCGUCUCAGCCUCCUCGUCAAAGCCUGCUGGGACCGGCGGCACCGGCCUGCCCCCUCCUGCGUACACCUCUGGUAUCUAUACCAACGCAUCGUCCGCAGAUCCAACCUGGACAUCACAAACAUCUGGAGGCUAUGGUACUGGCACGACGCCACCGUCUUCAUCAGUAGCCGCCACCAACUCGUCGGCCGCAGCACCGACAACACCCACGGGGACAGGCUCCAGCGGCACGGGCACUGGCUUCCCAGGUGUCUCGAGCUCGUCCGCUGGGGGUACCUAUCCCAACACGACAACGCCGCUGACCUGGCCCACAACCGGUUGGUCUGCCACAGGUUCUGCACCCUCCUCAUCGCCCACCUCCAAUGCCACAUUGGUUCCUUGUGGGUACGGCGAUGACGACUGCGAUGGCACGAUUACUGCCACCAUCACCAUGAGCUCAACUAUCACAAUCGACCCUAACUCAACUGUCACGUCAGUCGGACCGAUUGGGGGCUCAACCACUAGUGCAAUUUCACCUUCGGCCUCCACCACUGGCCCUCACAAUAAUUCAUCGAGCAGCACGUCCAGUGAGACGAUAACGAGGACGAUAACCCACACACAAACGAUCUCCUCGUCCAGCAGCACGGGAGGUGCUUCGAGCGGAGUGACCACCUCCGCCGGUACUUCGAGCAGCCUCAGCUCCAGCUCCUCCGGAGCGAGCAAUAGUACGGCGGCAGCGACCGCGUCAUCCUCUGGUCCUUCCGCGCCGAGCAGCUCAUCCUCGGGGGAUCCUACCACAUCGCCAGGAUCCUCUUCGCCCACCGUGGGGCCAUCGUUGUCAACAACUUUGCAGACCGUGACAUCGUUGACAUCCUCGGCAUCCAGCGCGCCGACAUGGACACCGCCGACAUAUGGCGGCGGCGACGAAUCUGACGAGGACGACGGAGAGGAUGACGGCGGCUACACUUGGCCUUUUCCCUAUGGAUCCGGAAAGCCACGGUGGAGGGCUGAGCCACGGUCUGCCGAGGAUGGCCAUGAGCAAGCAAAGCACAAGAGGUGGUUUGUGAACUGGUGAAGACAGCGGAUGAUCCUCCCCUGUUUCCUGCCCUGCCUCCUGCCCUGUAUUCUUGUUGGAUUCUGAACCGCUGCGGGCCAGACCCGGUGGAACUGGCCAACGCAACGGUUUCAUUUCUUGACACUCAUUUGCCCCAUUUGGUCGCUGCAAAUCGAACCGAGCUUACGCAUCGACCACCGCGCGAUUUCCUAGAUUGAUACUGUAGCACACUUUACUUGACUUAAUCGUUGCCCUCGUUGGCAGUCAAUAUAAUUCGUUUCAGCGCCAUGUCUCUGACUCUUCUGAAGCCCAACGAUGGAAGUCGUGGAUUGUGAAGGUUAUGGAAAUACCUUAAAAGAUCACACACUGUGAUGCACAGUCAUCACUUGCAUAGUAAGGAGCUCUGGUGGCAGUGUUUGAUACUGAAAUUGUGACUCUGGUGUGAGUUUUAGAUUUUGCGGUAGUACACACCCUGUUGUUGCCUCUGGGUGAGCAUGCACGCCUCAGUUUGAAUCACAACGGCCAGCACAGUUGGGGCUGCCUUGAGAUCGUGUGUCGAUGCCUCUGUUCUGCCUCUCUGACGCACAGACAUCACUUCUUCGUUAGGUUAUGUCAACCCUUCUGCCCCGAUGCUCGCAUUGGGCCCAACUGCUUUGGCCGACCUGCGAGGAGUCGAAUCUGCUGGUUUAGAAGCAGCUGCCGAUGAUAGGCCUGAUGCCAACAUAUAAAAACAAGCAUCUCUCGCACGCCUCAAGCGUACACAGUAUUACACGCUCAUGUCUUUAGGUCGUCUAUACUCGGGCAACUCAAUAUAGGAAGCGUGAUAGGUCGUCAAAGACAGGAGUUGAGUACGCCCGAGUUGGGGACACCGUCUCGGACUGGAUAAAUGCUCUCUUGUGUCGUAGCCAUCGGCACCUCAUCGCCGCGACCGGGACUCAAUCAACCGUCGGGCUGUUCACUGGUGGUUAUGUCUCCACACUCGGCCUUGUGGUGAGUGAAUACCGCGUGGGCUUUGCCUGCCCACCAACACUUGCUGACCGUCAGACCGGCCUGUUAUCAUCCAUCUGGAUUGCCGAAUGGAUAGUUGAACUUGAGGAGGCCAUUCAGGCCACCAACCCAACCGUCAUCAUCGUCGUCAUCCUCACCAUCAGAAGACAGCUGCCCCUUAUGCAGGUCUCUGAUGACGCAAGGGACGCCGCCGAGCCAGUUCCCGUCCUUGCCCUUGGUGAUUGUCUCGCCCUGGAUCCUUAUCUCCAUGCCGGGGCUCGCACCAGCCCGUCUCUUUCCGUCGAUACUGACCUCGAGCUCACGGCCUCGGUUCCUCUCGCUGAGCCGGAGUACGACCUUGGUAUCGAGCGGGAGGACCAGCGGCCUGAAACUUAGGCUCCGGGGACAGAUCGGAGUGAUGAGGAGCGAGCCCACCAGAGGAUGGACGAUGGCGCCACCAGCGCUGAGAGAGUAGGCGGUAGACCCCGUGGGCGUGCUGACGAGGAUGCCAUCACAUAUUGCCUCGGUCAGGAAGUGGUUGUUGACGUACACGUCAAUCAUGGCGAGAUGGGGCUGACCACCACGGUGGAGCAACAGCUCGUUGACGGCGUGGAAGGUCGGGGGGACCUUGACGGGCGGAACCCAAUUGGGAUUGCUCAGAGCAGCCUCUUGCUCGGCGCUCAAGGGCAUCAGGCGUAGCCUCUGGUGGGCCUCGGCGGUCGAGGUUGGCAUCAAGAGGCCGUUGAUGUUCUUGCCCUCGUCGUCGUAGACGCCGACCUUGAGACGGUGGCGAAGCAGGAUCUUGGGGCGGGUUGCGCCGGCGGCUAUACCGCUGGUGUAGACCCUGGUCCAGGCGUCCUUGUACUCGGCAAACUUCCACUCGCCGAGGAAGCCCAGGGUGCCCAUACUGAAGGACAGGAUGGGCGGGACGGUCGAGUUGAGGGAGAAGAGGCUGGCGGCGCGCAGGAUUGUGCCAUCACCGCCGAGGGUGGUGACGAGGUCGAUCUUGUUGGGGAAGUGGGUGGAAGGGUCGCUGCGAGAGGGGGUAUAGAUGGGGAAGGGCAGGUGGUUGUGAAUGCGGGCGGCAAUGCGGUUCUCGAAGACGAUGUUGGUGUCCGGGUAGUUGUCGUGCAGGUGCUGUGCGAAGCGAACGGCGUCCUGGACAACCUUUGGAGCGUGCAGCUUGGGUAUGAGGAGGAUGUUCCGCGGGGGCUGCUGCCACUGGAGGUUCAACAGGCCGAUCGAGGUCUCGUGAUACAACGGGCUGAUCCUGUCGGGAAGAGAGGCAACAUCUCGGAUCUCACGCAAAGGAGUCGAGGCCGAGAAGGGGCGGGCGGGCGCCUGGCGACAGCACCAGGACACGGGGGGCCAGCGCGCGAAUGGCGGCCGUGGAUGUAUUGAUAUUGAUGGUGAUAGUUUGAUCAUUGUGUCACCGUGGGCGGAACCGUGGCUGGCUAGGAAGCCCGGCUCUCGUGGCGGUUGGUGUUAUAAGUGGGUGGAGGCGGAGCGAAGGAGGAGGACGCGACAUUUCGAGGGGCCGUGACAGCAGCUGUGGGUUCUCGGGCGGGCGAGCACGGCUAGCAGCAAGAAGAAGGCACGGUGCCCAUUGCGAUGAGGUGGGUAGGGGCAGGCAUGGUGUUGUGGCGGAGGAGACAGGCAGUGACGAGGAAGAGAGGGGUCGAAGUCGUGGUUGGAGGAGGCACCAGCACC